GCAGGUUGUCUUAUGGGAGGGGGCUCUCUGCCUUCUCUGUGUACUGGGUGGGGGGACACUUUUGAGUUUUAGCCCAUGAGAACCCAGUGACAGCACCAAGUUGUGUCGGGAGAGGUGUGGGAUGGAUAUCAGGAAGAAUUUCUUAAGCGUUGGACUGGGCUGCCCAGGGAAGUCAGGGGAAUACCAUCCCUGGAGAUACUUAAGAGAUGUGUGGAUGUGGAAUUUAGGGAUGUAUUUAGUGGUGAACUUGGUAAUGUCAGGCUGAUGGCUGGAGAUGAUGAUCUUAAGGGUCUUUUCCAAUCUAAGUGAUUCUGUAGUUGUAAAUGUCUGUAGAUGCCAUCCUAUGAAGUGCUGUGGCCCCAGAAGCAAAAAGUGCUAGAGUGAGGGAAUUUCCCAAAAAGUCCCACUGGUCCUCAUAGUCAUGGGAUGCCCUUCCCUACUGCAAAAGGGUACUUUUCUUUCCUUUACCAGAGGAAAAGAAGGGGCUGGUGGCACGGUGUUCCUGCUUGCAGUGCUGUUCAGAGUCCUAGAGUUCAAAGCAUGCAACAAACCUCUCCAAAUCUGGGUCUUGUGGGGUGUAUUUGGGCAGGUGAACAGCAGAUUUUCCUGUUCCUGCUCCCGGGCUGUUGGUUUGCUUCUUUUCCUCCUGCAGAUCUGCAAGUGUUCAGGAGAAAAAGGUAUUUUUAAAUGCAGAUGGGCUGUUGCAUCAUCCCAUGACCUCAGUAGCAGUGAACUGCUUGGACCGACAUGUCCAUGUAGCCCCAGACAAAGUGGCCUUAAUCUGGGAGAAGGAUGAACCAGGAGAGGAGGUGCGGGUCACAUACAGGGAGCUGCUGGAGCUGACGUGCCGCCUGAGCAACACCCUGAAACGGCUGGGGGUGAAACGAGGUGACAGGGUGACAAUCUACAUGCCCCCGUGCCCACUGGCAGUGGCCAGCAUGCUGGCCUGUGCCCGAAUAGGGGCUGUACACGCCGUUGUGUUUGCUGGGUUCAGUGCGGAGUCCCUGGCAGACAGGAUUCGGGACGCUCAGUCAGAGACGGUGAUCACAGUGAACCAGGGGCUGAGAGGUGGCAAGGUUGUGGAGCUGAAGAAAACAGUGGACCAGGCUGUGAAGCAGUGUCCAGGAGUGAAACGUGUCCUUGUGUCCAUGAGGACGGACACCCAGCUCCCCAUGACAGCCCUGGAUGUUCUGCUGGAGGAGGAGAUGAUGAAGGAGGAUGCGUACUGUGAGCCUGUUGCCAUGGACAGCGAAGACAUGUUGUUCCUUCUCUACACAUCUGGCAGUACAGGCAAGCCCAAGGGCCUGGUUCAUUCCCAGGCUGGCUACCUCCUGUUUGCUGCUCUCACACACAAGUAUGUGUUUGACUAUCAGGACAGAGAUGUCUUUGGCUGUGUGGCUGACAUUGGCUGGAUCACAGGGCACAGUUAUGUUGUCUACGGUCCACUAUGCAAUGGUGGCACCACAGUCCUUUUUGAGAGCACUCCUGUCCAUCCCAACCCUGGACGCUACUGGGAAACAGUAGAGAGGUUAAAAAUUAAUCAGUUUUAUGGGGCACCAACUGCCAUUCGCCUGCUCCUGAGAUAUGGUGAUGAAUGGGUGAAGAAAUAUGACCGCUCCUCUCUCAAGGUUCUUGGCUCAGUGGGUGAACCCAUCAACAAGGAGGCAUGGGAGUGGUACUUCCGUGUGGUGGGUGAGACACGGUGCCCUGUUGUGGACACGUGGUGGCAAACAGAAACAGGAGGCAUCUGUAUCUCACCCCGUCCUUCUAACCCUGGAGAUGAGAUCCUCCCAGGCAUGGCCAUGAGACCUUUUUUUGGCAUCAGCCCCUCUGUACUGGAUGAUAAGGGAAACGUCCUUUUGGGAAAUAAUGUCUCUGGAGCCCUUUGCAUCUCACAAGCCUGGCCAGGUAUGGCACGAACCAUUUAUAAGGACCAUAAGAGGUUUGUGGAAACCUAUCUGGCUCCUUAUCCAGGGUUCUUCUUCACCGGGGAUGGUGUGUAUCGCACUAGUGAAGGCUAUUACCAGCUGACAGGACGGCUGGAUGACAUCAUUAACAUCAGUGGGCACCGGCUGGGCACUGCAGAGGUGGAGGAUGUUGUGAACCACCAUGCGGCAGUGGCAGAGUCUGCUGUGAUUGGUUAUCCACAUGAGAUUAAGGGAGAAGGAGCCUACGUGUUCAUUGUGCUGAAGAAGGACAGCAAGUACGUGGAGGAAACUCUUGCUGCUGAGCUACGGGAGCUGAUCUCCAAGAAGAUCGCUAAGUAUGCGGUUCCAGAAUACAUUCAGGUCACACGCCGGCUACCCAAGACACGCUCUGGGAAGAUUAUGCGGCGGGUGCUAAGGAAGAUUGUUGAGAACAAAGCCAGUGAGCUUGGGGACCUAACCACCCUAGAUGACCACGAAGCUGUGCAGCAGAUCAUAGAGGGACACAAGCACCUUGUGGAGGGGCAGAAGAGCUGCUAGUGUGUCUCAUCCAGCAGCCAUCUCUGGCUCCUUCACUACAGAACCAGGGUCAGGUCCAGAAAUGUCACUGAGCAGCUGUUGCCCAGUAAGUGCUCAGACUAUACCUCCAGUGCAGUCUGAGAGACCCUCAAGAGCUCUGCCUCCAUAGGCACAAAGGAGACAGGGGAGAGAACAGGCAGAACAGUAAGGGGGGAGCUCUGUUUGCUCCUUAAGAACAAUGACCAAAAUCCUUGGGGUUCCUUGUGCCUUGUAGUAGCUUUGCAGAAAGCAACUGACCAGCCAUGGGUAGGUGUAUUAUUCCUAUUCCUGCUUUACGCUUUAUCACUUGUCUAGUCCAAGAUACAUAAACAACUCCUCCAAAGCAAAGAGUAAAAGGAAAAAGAGGCAGAAACCUGGUUAACGCAUACUGGUUCUUCUCCAGAAACAUCUUUGGAUAGCCAACCCCAGAUUUUAAUACAAAAAUGUUUAUUUGAUCUGUUA